CAAAAAAAAUUGAUUUUUCGAUAAAAGAAAAAUUUCGAGCUUUCGCAAUUUGCAGUAAAGUUAUCGUAUUAAAUAAAUGCUCGAGUGUUUAAAUAAACACCCAACUCUAGUAAAAAGAUGUCCGCAGCCCCUGUGGACAAAAUCAAAGCUCUAGACGAGAUAGAAAAGGAUAUAAUUACAUGUCUACAAAGCGCAGGUCAAGCAUUUCUAGAGCUGAGUAAAGAAAAAUCUAGCCUGAAACAAGUCGAAAGUCACACCAACCAGUUCCUAAAAACGUUGGGUAACGUGGAAGCCAAACUCACCGAUCAAAUCAACUACCUCACUCAAGUAUCGACCGGGCAACCACACGAAGGCUCCGGAUACGCCUCGCAGAAAGUAUUACAAAUGGCUUGGCAUCGACUGGAACAUGCCAAAAGUAGAGUCAACGAAUUGGAUCGAAUUAAGAAUAAACAUUUGCACGACAGAGUUACGAAUAAAAAACCGAGAAAAUUCGAGUAACUUGUCGUAAAAUGAUACUUUAACCAAAGAAUUGCCUACGCAUAAGUUUCGUAUGCGUUAUUUUUUUUAUAAGUUCGGGGAUUGGAUUGAUUUAUUGGAGGUUAAUAAUUUUGUUGGACGAGUGAAUUAUUUCGGAUACUGUAAAUCCUUUAACUAUACCUAUCCUAAUUAUUGUGUUGAAUUAAGUAGUAUGUAUUUAAGUGGCCCAAUUUUAAUGUAUCUUUGAGUAUAUUUUUUGUAAUCGUCAUUGCAAAUGUGUGAUUAAUCAAAAGAUUUUUACGUA